UGUGUUUUCCUUCCUUAAACAUGUAGCUACAGUAGGACCUAGGCUGAAAUGUCUGCAUUUUCAGGCCUCGCUAGUGGUUUAAAUGUUAAUUUGGUGAUAAUUAAUAUAAAUAAAUGUGAAUAUUAGUGAAUAAUAGUUACAUUUAUGUAGCUCGUUACGGCUUAUGUUCUCUGAACUGUUUGUUUAUAAAUGUGGACAGUCUUUUCAGUGUAACUUAACGUUUAAUCAGAUAUAGUAGCUUAUUAAUUAUCAGCUAUGAAUAACCGCUGUUAUGGCUGUGCGUCAAAGUUCACUCUCUUCAAGAAAGAGAUGGGCUGUAAAAACUGCAGCCGCUCGUUCUGUUCAGGCUGUCUGGAGUUCAGUGCUCUGGUGCCCCGGUUCGGUAACACUCAGCAGAAGGUGUGCAGGCAGUGCCACGGGAACCUCACCAGUAAUGGAAAACAGAAUGAUGCUGCAAGAUGGUCUCCACCUGAAAACUAUAAAAAACGAGUUGCUGCUCUUGAAGCCAAACAAAGUCAACCUCCGAAUCAACCCCAAAGACAGAACAGUGGGAAGAACUGCAUAUCCGCUCCUAUUUCAACAAAAGGUUUGAGUAAGGAGGACCGAGUUAUCGCAGAAAGACUUCAGAAGCUGAAGGAGGAAACAAAGCCAAAGUCCAUACCGUCUGAGCGGGAGAUUGAGUCUCGCCUCGCUGCUUUAAAAGCUCCAGACCAGCCGGUGCCUUCAGCUCAGGACAUGGAAGAUCGAUUAGCUGCCUUACAAGGAAAGCCCCCUCCCUCCCAAGCACCACCUCCAGUUCAUCGGCCACCUGAUACCAGGACUCAGACUGAACAGGCCAGUGACUUACUCACGCAGAUGACUGAGGAAGUUGCCAUUGACAACCAGCAUUCUCCAGAGGCUAAUAACCCAGAGGCUCCUGCCAGUCCUCUGAACGAUCUCAACAAGCUGGAGUCCGGGACGGAGAACCUGGAAGAUGAGCAGCUGUCCCUGAAGAAGCUGGAGGAGGAGAAGAGUCGUCUCAUGGCUGAGGCCAUGGAUGAGCUGAAAUGUGAGGAGCAGAAUCAGGAGCAGCUUCUUCAAAUGGCCAAAAGGCUGGCUGUGCUGCAGGGACGAGACCCGGCCAAAGUUACUGUGGCAGACAUCCAGCAUCCUGAGAGUGAUGAAGAAAAUGAGGAGGAAGCGAUUGGCAGAGUUAUAAAAAGGCUGUCAGAAGAAGCUGCUUUAGACGAGGCCAGUGGAUAUAACAUCCCUCCAGAGCGAAGCGGGCCAGAAAAUAAGGAACCGUCCAAACCCAAGAAAACACAGUUUCCAGCUCAGUCAUCUAAAUCCAGACCUUCUGCUACUGCGUUCGUGAGGCAGAGCUCAGACAGUGAGGAGGGUGAUGAUGAGGAAGAGCUGCCGUGGUGCUGCAUCUGCAACCAGAACGCCACCAUUCGCUGCCACACGUGUGACCGGGACCUGUUCUGCAGCCGCUGCUUUAGGGAAGGCCAUGACAAAUAUGACAGAAAAGAACACCAUACAUCCAGUUAUAGCGCCCCCAAAAAAGCCAAGAAGAAGACAUGACCGUCAAAGUGUUGAUAUUGUCUGUAUGUAACAGUGAACUUGUACAGUAGUACAGUAGUCAAAUCCAAACCCAAGGUGAACACGGUUUCUCAUUGACUAGACUAGCCAAAGUAGGUUGCUAAUUUACUUAAAUAUAUAAGUGUAGGGACUCAGAGGUGUCCAGGGUAAUUCAUAAUCAUCUAACCACUUGCAGUAGUAUACUAAAUAUAAUAUAAUAUAUAUUUUUUUCCUUUUGGUUGGAUUUUUUAAUAUGAAAAAGCAAGAAGCAAGAAUCAAACUGAUUAUACGUAAGGUCAAAAUAUACAUACAGCAUAAAUAAUAUGUAUAAAAAUGCAUAUUUAAUAAAUUUUCUUGCCAGAAGAUAGCUGAUCUACGGCCGCAGCACAUCAGUGCCAAUAUUACACAUUAUAGCACGAACCUCCAGUAAAAAAACAUUAUUAAAAAAAGUGUUCUAAACCGCAUAAAAUUUAAAUGUAAAAAUAAGCUCCUGUUUUGCCUCGUCUGCUCUAGUACUGUGUUUUCCAGUGCAGUGAGCGGAGCUAAGCUACUGUUUCUUUGGCUGGUAAACUUUUGCAGUGGCUGGUUCAUGGUCUAUUCUGAUGGAAAAAUGAUGGGCAAAAAAAUUUAAUGGACACAGGGUCUGAAAUUAUUAAGUAAUAAUCAAUGUGGCUUUUGUGUAUUUUUGACUAUGUAUGAAUGUGUAAUGCGUUGGUUCAGCUUGUCAGCACUACUAUUAUCUGAUACUUUCACCAUGAAAUAGAUUUGUGAGUCAUACUGACUUUCCAUAAUUAUUAAAUUAAAAAUAAAGAAAGAAAAUGAUUUGUUUUCACUUAAUAAGACAAACAGAUUUCCUUUACUUCUGCUUAGCCAUGCUGUGGUGCUUUCUAAAUAUUGUGGCCAAAGAAAUGUUUGACUAUUGGUAAUUAAAGCAGUGCACGAGAGUCGUUUAUCUUAAAAUUAUGGAUUUUUUUUUU